ACAAAAAUCAACGCCUUCUUCACAUAUUCAAAUCUCAUCAUCAAACCGAAAGUUAAAGGUUCCGCAAAGUUAUUCGCUCCUCCUCCUACUUUUCCGAAUCUUCCAGCGCGAUCUCUGUCAGUUUCUCCAAGUAUAUAUUCUAAUUAUUAUUAUCCCUCCAAGAAACCUGUCGUAAUGGCUAUGGCGAGUCUCUACCGGCGAUCUCUUCCUUCUCCUCCGGCCAUUGACUUUUCUUCCGCCGAAGGCAAGAAAAUAUUCAAUGAAGCGCUUCAGAAAGGAACAAUGGAAGGAUUUUUCAGGUUGAUAUCUUAUUUCCAGACGCAGUCUGAACCUGCUUAUUGUGGCUUAGCCAGCCUUUCUGUCGUCUUGAAUGCUCUUUCUAUUGAUCCUGGACGUAAAUGGAAAGGGCCUUGGAGGUGGUUUGAUGAAUCGAUGCUGGACUGCUGCGAGCCACUUGAAGUAGUCAAGGAAAAAGGCAUUUCAUUUGGGAAAGUUGUCUGCUUGGCUCACUGUUCUGGAGCCAAAGUGGAGGCUUUCCGCACUAAUCAGACCACCAUUGAUGAUUUCCGCAAGUUUGUGAUGAAAUGCUCCACCUCUGAGAAUUGCCAUAUCAUCUCAACAUAUCACAGAGGGGUGUUUAAGCAGACUGGGUCUGGUCAUUUUUCACCUAUAGGUGGCUAUAAUGCUGAAAGAGAUAUGGCUUUGAUUCUUGAUGUUGCACGUUUCAAGUAUCCUCCUCAUUGGGUUCCUAUUAAACUUCUUUGGGAAGCCAUGGACAGCAUUGAUGAUUCUACAGGAAAACGUAGAGGGUUCAUGCUCAUAUCUAGACCCCACAGAGAACCAGGAUUGCUCUAUACUCUGUCUUGCAAAGAUGAGAGCUGGAUCAGCAUAGCCAAGUAUUUAAAGGAAGAUGUUCCUCGUCUUGUGAGUUCACAGCAUGUAGAUAGUGUUGAAAAAAUCUUAUCAGUUGUGUUCAAGUCACUUCCGUCAAACUUCAACACAUUCAUCAGAUGGGUGGCUGAGAUCAGAAUAGCUGAGGACACAAAACAAAACCUCAGCGCUGAGGAGAAAUCAAGGCUCAACUUAAAGCAAGUGGUGCUGAAAGAAGUGCAUGAAACUGAACUGUUCAAACACAUCAGUAAGUUCUUAUCCACAGUGGGUUACGAAGACAGUCUGACAUAUGCGGCUGCAAAGGCUUGUUGCCAAGGUGCUGAAAUCUUGACCGGAUGCUCAUCAAAAGAGUUUUGUUGUCGGGAAACUUGUGUCACUUGUGUCAAAGGUCCUGGCGAGGCAGCAGGCACCGUUGUGACUGGAGUUGUGGUGCGUGACGGGAGCGAACAAAAUGUUGAUCUGCUGGUGCCAUCAACCCAAACUGACUGUGAAUGUGGUCCAGAGGCAAAUUAUCCUGCAGGAAACGAUGUGUUCACUGUACUUCUGUUGGCAUUACCUCCACAGACAUGGUCAGGGGUCAAAGACCAAGCUCUUAUGCAAGAAAUGAAGCAGCUCAUUUCCAUGGCUUCCCUCCCAACUAUGCUUCAAGAAGAGGUAUUGCAUCUUAGACGCCAACUUCAGCUGCUAAAAAGAUGCCAAGAGAACAAGGAGGAAGAGGAUUUUGCUGCACCUGCCUUUUGAUUCAGCUACCCAAAUCUAAAGUUUCUCUCUUCUUCACCAUUUGAAUCCCAGUUUCUCAAACCUAAAAUACCCUAUAAUUAAUUAUUAGAGUGUCUUUUAUUCUAUUUAUGAUGCCAGCUCUAUGUUUAGCAUAUGAUGCAUUAUAUCUUUACUACUACGUUAAUAAACCUCAUUCUGUGUCACAAACUAUUACAUUGGAGGAUGUAUAAAACUUGAGAUCAACAAACGUCGCACAUGGUUUGCAAAUAAUCAAAGGCUUACCAACGUUGCU